GCCCGCUAAAGACGACGGUAGUCAAGUGUCGUCGUUGACCCUCGACAGAAAUCGAACCCACGAAUUUCCACGACCUUCCGAACGGCCACUGGUGAGCGACUUUUACUUGGACCGUCCCGAACCAUCCCGAGACGUCGUCCACGUGACUGUAGUUCUCGUGUAAAAACACGGAAGUUCCAUCGGUUCGCUUGCCAAAUGGUAACGCGCAGUCUGUUGUUCGACAACAUCGAGGCCUUAUUUGCUCAAAUCCUCCCGCGAGGGUAUUGUGCAUGCAUCGCGCUUCUUUCCGCGGUCUGAUGAACGACUAUCUCUUACUUUCGCGUAGCGAUCGAAGGCUCGAGUCAAACGUAACGUCUCUCUCCGCACCGUCGAUCGUGUGUUCCCUUUAUUCCUCGCUCGAUUUUCACGUCAGCGUCUGAUCCGGAUCAAACCGGCUGCUAAAAAUACAAUCUGACACAACACACGGCCGAGGGAACUUUUCUCGCGGCUACCCGACGCCUAAAUACCGUCGACGUGUUUCGCUUUGACAGAGCUUUGAAAUACGAACGAACGAAUCGGCCCGUCCGUGGUCGUUUGCGCGGAGAUUAUCGGAGCAUCCGUGUACUUGUCACUCCGGUAAGUGGAGAAUUGAAACAAUGGGUGCGACGAGUAGUAGCAGCAGUGGCAGCAACGACACGCGAUCGUCCACUUUGAUCUUCACGGGCGAACACGAGGCGGAAACGUCUUCGUGUCUCAAAGACUCUCACCUCACGAGCGACAACGGGAGACAAAGAACGCGUGUUGCAACGGGCAUCCACGACGGGGAGGCUGAGCUGCGAACGCAGGGUCUGAGUCCCUACGCGACCCUGAGGACGGAUGAAUUCUGGGGUCAGAGGAUAACAGCGCCGCCGAGCCUGUCGAGCGUGGUACCGCCUGAACGCGAGACUUCAUUAACGUAUGCCGCGCAGAUGACAGGUUGGCAGCCCGUCGAUGGUCACGGUCCCCCGAUGUAUCAGCAGAACAACGAAGUAAUGGAGCUGACGCGAGUGAUUUCGCAGCUGGCCAUGGCCAAUCAUCAAUUAGCCAGCGCGCACAAUGCGACGUUGGCGCGUAUGGAGGCUUUGUACAUCGAACUGUCGAAGGAGCGGGAGUACCGGAAGCGCGCGUUCUUCACGGAUACCGGGUGCGAGGGCACUCCGCCGAGGAAGAGGCUGCAGGACGAGCCGGAAGAGGAUGACGUCGGGAGACCGAGAGACGCGCGAAGACUGGAGCAGCGCGUCGUCAGGCUGGAGGGUCUGCUGUCGGCGACGAGUUUCGCGCGACAGCGCGACAGACAGAGGGACGAGGAGGACGACAAAUCGCGCGUCGAGAGAAUCGACGGUUCCGCGAGAACGAGGGAGAGUGCGAAAGACGACGAGCGUCUGCGGCCGGAGGAACGAACGAGGCGCGUCCACGAGCGAGACGCGAUCGGCGAAUCGCUCGAUGAUUGCGACGAGGUUCGAGGCCCGCCGGCGAGGGAGGGGACGGACGCUCGUAGGUGUUGCGGCGCUUAUCCCGACAAUGCCGGGACUAUUCCUAGAACAGACGAAAGCAGACGUUCCGCGAGCGUAGAUUUAGACAGACUGCGCAGAAGACGCGCGAGAUCGAGAGGCGACGAGCUGGACCCGUCGGCGACGACGGGCGAGGAAAUAUUCAGGUUGUCGGGGGAGAUCGAGGGACUGACGGCCGAUCGAUCGGACUGCCAGGCCGCGAACCAGAGGCUGCUGAGCAGUCUGACCGAUCAGAAGAACUUGGCGGAGAAAUUGAGCGGGGAUUACGAGGAACUGAAAGCACGUUACGCCAUGCUCGAGGCUAAUUUGCACGAUCACAGACAGCGGUACGACGAACUGACGAAGCACCUGGACUCCGGCAAGAGCGAGAUCAGGAGAUUGCUGGGAGAAAUCGACAGUUUACAGUCGCAGAAGGACGUCGCGAAUGCGAGGAUCGCGCUUUUGGAGCGGGACUUGCAGCAAUCGUUGCUCGAGAAGGAGCGGAUCGUGAAGGAGGAGAAUCAGGAAAUCUCGAGGCUGCGAUCGCAGCUGAACGAGGAGAUUAUGGACAAGAAGAAGCAGAUCGUGGCUCUCGGGGAUGCGCUGCGAGAGAUUCAAAGACUUAAGGAGACCGUCGAGACUGAGGGGGGAAGCGAGGGGAACGACGAGGCCGCGCAAGAGGAAGAGAACGCCGAAGACGCACCAGGGAGCACGUCGGGCGCGCAUGGCAGCAUGGAGGAAUUCAAGAAGGAGAUCACCCUGAAGAGGGAAGCCAGGCAGAGGGCUAUCGCGGCAGUUUCGUCGGAGAUGGAGCGGCUCAGGCGCGAACUGGACGCCGAGAAGGCGGCUCAUUCCGAAACGUCGGGCAUGUUGGCUCUGUUGCGCUCCGCUCAGGAUGGCUCGCCGAGCAUCGAACCCGCGACGAAAGAGCCCGAUGAGCGGGGACGCUCGGACGACGGGGGCGAGAGGGCGUUGAGAUGCGCGGAAGUGCAGUGGCUGACGAACACCUUGAAGGUCUCCGACGAGCUGCGGAAUGACAUACGAUACCAAAUCGAGAAGGUGGAUGACCUUCGCUACCACCUGGAGUCGAAUCCGGAGCGCCACCGUCAUCGCAUUCGCGCUCUGACGGAAGCGACCAGCAGAACGCGCGAGGCUUUGAGAGCGCGCGAACGUCAAACGAACGAGCUGAAGGACCACCUCGCUCAGCUCCUCGUCAGGCUGGGCAAUCAGAGGUACCUGGAGGCGAGGGACGACACGGAAUGCGGACGGCAGCUGGAGAGCGUCAAUGCGCUCAAGGCUCUCUACAACGAGAGGCUGAAGGUUUUGACCGAGUUGACGGACACCGCGGUCAAAGAGCUGACGGACUCGAGGCAGAAGCUAGACCAUUCCCUGAAGAAGUCCGAGAAUCUGGAGGAGGAGCUGAAGAAGGCCGAGGAGAAGGUCGACACUCAAGCCUCGGAGAUCACGAACCUGGAGUCCCAGUUGGGACUGACCAAAGCGGACUGCAGGGACCUGCAGAAUCAGAUGUCCCUCAUUAAUGGACUCUUCACCCAGAUGUUGCUCGGCGCUUCUUCCGCGGACAUGGAUCUCGAUCGGUUGACUCAGCUGCUGCAGGAGAAUCACGACCUCAUCAGCGACAUAGCCAGGGAGGAGAGCACCGAGGCAGCGGCAUUGCCGAAGCUCCUGCUGGACUUGGUCGAGCAAGUCGAGGGUGGGAAAGCGUCGCAGAGACAGGCGGCCGCCGGGGAGGGCAGCGCUGAGGGUAACAGCGAGGUUGACCGGAAGGAAGACGAUCUGCAGGAGGAAGAUAUCGCUCACAACUUGCCGAAGGUGUGGCGGGUCUUGUUGGAGCUGCUUAGCUGUCACGCGGUGACCUCUCCGAGCGUUUCCGUAGCCUCCUGUUCGGACCCGAACAGCUGUUACAAGUCUGUGGACACUCCGGCCGGGCCGAGGCUAGUGAUAUCCGUCAGCAAAACGUACAUCCGACUGAAGGAGCUAAUCCUCGAGAAGAAACACUUGGAGAAGGAGAUGAAUCGCAUGAAGCAGCUGAACACUCAUCUGGAGAGCAAGUUGGGCGAGCAGGAGAAGAGAUUGUCCAUGGUGUCGGCCGAGUUGACGAAGACGUGGAACAUCGUCGGCCGCAUGCAAGCCCAGCAUCAGCAGUUGCACACGCACGAGGAGAUAUUGAGGUACGAGCUGCAGCAGAAGAGGAAGAUGUUGCAGGAGCUGAAGCAGGAGCUGGAGUACUGCAGGGAGAAGUGGGAAUCGGCCAGGCAGAAGAACACGAACACCGAACUGGAAUGGAGGAACUUGCGCCGCGAGUUCGCCGCGCGGAAGGCUGCGGCUGCCCGCGAUUCCUUCAAUAGCGCCGAGAGCGGCUUCAGCGACGAGAGAGGCGACGAUACCGACGAGGAGGAAAAGGCGGUCGAAGGAAGGAUCAGGCACGGGCCGCGCAGGCGAACGCGAAAGGAGAGUCUCAGAGCGCCGACACCGGAUACGGAAUCCGAGCAGCCGACGGAUACCGAGUUGUCCGAGUCGAAGACUGGUUCCUCGGCGACUUUGGAACAGCGCACGCCCACACCGGAGACCGAGGUGGACGAGAUCGAAGUAGUGGAUGUCGAAACUGCGAGCGCAGCGGAGAAUAUCGCAGAGAGCACUCAGGAGACUUUGAAUCCCUUGGACGAGGCGCUCACCAACGUCAUCGAGAAUCUCAUCAUAGUCGACGACGGGGAAGAAUCGAGCGGAAACGACUCGCGGGAGGACUCGACGGUCCCCGAAGACGGCUGCGACGGGGACGACGCGAGUCGCGCCGCAGCCACGGAAUCUUCGUGUUCGUCGCCCGUCCCGAAGGCACUGAGACGAGCGAAUAACGGUCUGCCCUCGGCGGAGGACUCGACCGAGUCGAUCGAUUCGACGAGCCGGCGCGACGGUGAGACAAUCAAAUCCGAAAGUAUCCCGUCAUCAUCGCCCGUUUCUCGUGUACUCACCGCGGCUACCACGAGCGGCGGCACGAUGCCUGUUUUCUCCAUCGGACCCUUCCCCGCACCCACCGUGUCUAUAAAGAGCGUGCAGUUCAGCAACCCGUUGGUCGUAGGGCCGUCUAAUCGUUUCUUUGCCCCAGUGUUCGGCGCGGCGGAACUGGGAGAUCCGAUGGGCGACCUCGCCGCCGCGCCGGUCGAUCGAUCGCCCUCGAAUCGAAGCGGAGAGCCGUCGGAGGGCAAGCGAUCCGCCAGAUUGACGGAGAACGUCACGGACUCCGACAGUGUUUCCGUGGACUCCUCGUCGAGUCUGGACACGGUCCGGGAAUUUCCCACGGCCGAUCCCUCGCCGGUCAAGGAAGAGCCGCAGGCGGACGCGUCGUCGAGCUCGCAGAGGAAGGAAGUCACCUCGACUAAAUCCCGGACUCCGGAGGAGGUGCUGGCGGCGCGGGCCGAUCGGCUGAAACGCUUGGAGGAGCAGGCCGAUUGGCUGGUGAAGAAAAUGAACGCCACCAGCAGACGAGGGUCCGCUCUUUGCACCAGACUGGAGGAACUUCACGACGCUUACGGCGAGCCGCCGGUCCCGCCGCCCAUGCCGGACGUUUUGCCCGGCCUUAGGCUGCCCUCCAGCCUGCCUGAUCUACCUCGUCAGAUAUCGGAGUCGUUGUCUACCGACGGCACCCGGACCGAAGGCCAGAACGCGGAGAACGAGCCACCGGCGCCGUGACGCGCUCGUAACUUUCGACCCGCAAGGACCCUGCCAUUUCAGUCGACGUUUUGUUUCAGCCGCUCGACGAGAAGCGGAACUGCAGCGAGAGACGUGUGUGUCCAUGUUCGUCUCGCAAAUGUUUGUCCUCGCGCGCCAACGAGUCAUUUUAUCCGAUUACGCGCGUCGCACGUGAUCCCGUGUAUCAUUCUUCCUUCUCGAUGUAUCCUUCCGACCUCCAUCCUCCAACGUCGAACGAAGAAUUCUUGCCAUUAAAGUCGAGAAGAGGGAUGGAAAGUGUGCGAAGUGCCGGUCACACACGAAACGUAUCUCUCCUCUCUCGUUUAUUAUUCCCGAAAUGGAAAUUCAUGUGAUCUACCUGUCCGUUCCUGUUUUGUACCUUGUAUGUGUAUAAUUGAAUAAAAAGAAACAUCCGGAAAAAAAGGCAUUUACAACA